AAUACUUUAUUUCUGCUCGUUCAUUUCUUCGCUGGCCUCACUCUUCACAGUUGCGGUGCCCACUUACUUGCUUGCUAGCACGUUCUUCAUCCAUUCUAGAGAGAGAAACACCUUUUCAACUCUCACUUUCUCUCUCUAAAAUGGCCGAUGAACCAAUGCCUACUCGCUGGUCCUUCCAGGAGUUCAAAGCGUAUUAUGAUGCUAGGCUUGGUAGGAAGAAACUGGUGGAGAAUGGUGAGACUGUUGAGACUGUUGAUAAGGCCGUUGGUAAUGGCAGUUCGAACGGCAUUGCAUCCAAUGGCAAUUUACAGACCAAAAUAACAUCAGAUAGGGCUAUUUACGAGCAGUUCCAAAGCCAGGGGCAUAAUCCGACGCCUACAAAUGGUUUUGCACCAAACAAUAUAGAUGAAAAGCCGCAGAAGUCUUUGCUACCACCUUUUGAAUCUGCAGAAAUGCGUACUUUAGCGGAGAGCUUAAGUAGGGAUAUCAUUCGUGGGAGUCCAGAUGUGAAAUGGGAAAGCAUCAAGGGGUUAGAGAAUGCCAAACGUUUACUGAAAGAAGCUGUUGUGAUGCCGAUUAAGUAUCCCAAGUACUUUAAAGGUCUGUUAUCACCAUGGAAGGGCAUUCUCCUUUUUGGCCCCCCAGGGACAGGAAAGACAAUGCUCGCAAAAGCAGUUGCUACAGAGUGCAAGACUACAUUUUUCAAUAUUUCAGCAUCGUCUAUUGUCAGCAAAUGGCGAGGUGAUUCAGAGAAGUUAGUGAAAGUGUUAUUUGAGCUUGCAAGGCACCAUGCGCCUGCAACAAUAUUUCUUGACGAAAUUGAUGCAAUCAUUAGUCAACGUGGUGAGGCACGCAGUGAACAUGAAGCAAGUAGACGGUUAAAAACUGAACUACUCAUUCAGAUGGAUGGUUUAACACGGACAGAUGAACUUGUUUUUGUUUUGGCGGCAACAAAUCUUCCCUGGGAGUUGGAUGCGGCCAUGCUGAGACGUCUUGAGAAGCGAAUCCUUGUACCACUUCCAGAGCCAGAAGCAAGAAGAUCAAUGUUUGAGGAACUCCUUCCUCCACAGCUUGACGAGGAGCCGAUCCCCUAUGAUUUACUGGUGGAUCGGUCAGAAGGAUAUUCAGGUUCAGAUAUCCGCCUACUUUGUAAAGAGACAGCAAUGCAGCCACUGAGACGCUUAAUGUCACAACUUGAACAGGAACAAGAUGUGGUGCCUGAAGAAGAGUUGCCACAAGUUGGGCCAGUCAGGCCUGAAGAUGUAGAGACAGCUUUAAGGAACACGCGGCCAUCUGCUCAUCUCCAUGCUUACAAAUAUGACAAGUUUAAUGCUGAUUAUGGUAGUCAAAUACUUCAAUGAAAUGAUGUAGUUUAUCACAUAUGGGGGGGUGUACAAAAUCUCCAUCGGUCCACAUUUUGGGUAGAGUGAUGUUUACAGAUUUUCUUGACAUUUUAUCACAAUAAAUCUUCUAUGUUAGCGAUCAUAUUCAUAUCACUAGAACGAUUUUCAAAUAGUUGUGAUUGUGAUAUUUUAGGUUCCUCAGUUCCUGCUUCUGCAACAGUUAUGCAACUUUAUAAUUUAUUUUGACCAUCAGCAGUACCAACUCCCAAGUAUAUUUUUACAAACUUUAA